GUCAACGAAACCGACUGAGUCAACAGUCAUGGAGAGAAUGGUUUCUUCAAUUCAAGGCUUACUUUUCUCCAUAAUCAACUGUCUUCAAUUUUUUCCCCUAACUUCUCGGUCUAAGUACGGACAGAUGAUUUUUCUAUCACAAUUUCAUUUUUCUUUAAUCUCUCUUUUGUUUUCUGGGAGAUUUUGUCAGCUUACCAUUUUCCGAGAAAGUUCUGGGAAGACUCAGGUGGUCUUAAAUAUAUUUGAUACUGUCAAAUUAACGAACGAGGUUGUGAUUCAGAAGGAAAAUUUCAACAAGUUCUCGAAUCAGUUGGAGAAGAUCUCUUCUAUUUUGAAGUCUUUACCAAUAGAGGAUAUAGAGAAUCCUGAGAGCUUGAAAGAUGCCUUGGAUGUUCUCAACCAAGCUAUUACGGUUGCUAAGCAGCUGGUUUUUGAGGGGCACGGUAGAAGUAAGAUUUAUGUUUUGAUGAAUUCGAGAAGGAUGGUUGCACGUUUGAAAUGCUGCGGAGAAGAAAUAAGGCGAGCCCUGAGGCUGAUUCCUCUUGCAAGCAAAGAUAUAAGCGAGAUGUUAGAUGUGGAGUAUGAAGAUGAAGACGAACAAGUUUUGGAAAAAGUUGAGGGUGCGAUACAAGAGAGGAAUUUGGAUGGAACGUAUGCGAAUGAGUUGUUGUGUUGUAUUGCAGAUGCCAUGGGUGUCCCGAAGGAGAGUGAUGCGUUGAAGAGAGAAUUCCAAGAGUUGAAACGCGAAAUGGAAAGUGCACGGUCCAGGAAAGAUGUGGCAGAAGCUCUUCGCAUGGAGAAGCUUAUUGCAGUGCUUGAAAGGGCUGAUUUGAUAACCUCAGUGCAAGAGAAAGAAAUUAGGUACUUUGAAAAGCGAAAUUCUUUAGGCAGGACCCCUUUAGAGCCUCUGCAUUCAUUUUACUGUCCAAUCUCUGGAGAUAUUAUGCUGGACCCUGUUGAAACUUCUUCUCGCAAGACAUUCGAGAGAAGUGCAAUACAAAGGUGGUUCUCCCAAGGGAACACUCUCUGUCCAUUGACCAUGUUGCCCCUCGACACUCGAAUCUUAAGGCCCAAUAAGACUCUUCGCCACUCUAUUCAAGAGUGGAAGGACAGGAAUACAAUCAUCACCAUUUCUACCAUCAAGUCCCUGCUUGAAACAAAUGAACAAGAGCAAGUGCUUGAAUCCUUAGACAAGCUGCAGGAUCUAUGCUUAGAGAGACAGAUACACCUAGAGUGGUUGAAAAUGGAGAAUUUCAUAGCUCUUCUUAUUGGACUUCUUGGUUCUAGAAACCGUGAAAUAAGGAAGCGUGUUCUGCUCAUACUGUCUUUGCUUGCAAAGGAUGACACAGACAACAAGCAAGGCAUUGCAAAAGUGGAUGGUGCACUUCGAUCGAUUGUUCACUCACUUGCGCGUCAAAUUGAGGAAAGCAAACUAGCAUUGAAGUUGCUUUUGGAGUUAUCCAAAACUAACAUCUUGCUUCAACUCAUAGGAAACGUUCAAGGAGGCAUACUUCUAAUAGUGACAAUGUUAAAUAGUGAUGACGUUGAAGCAGCCAAAAUUGCACAUGAGCUUCUGGAGAACCUGUCUUUCCUUGACCAAAAUGUUAUAGAGAUGGCAAAGGCAAAUUAUCUUAAGCCUUUGCUACUGAACCUUUCCACAGGAGCAAAGAAUGUGAAAAUACUCAUGGCCGAAACCGUGUCCGAAAUUGAAUUGACUGAGCAGAAUAAAUUGUCCUUAGUUAAAGAUGGGGCAGUGAGACCUCUUCUUGGACUGCUCUUGGAAAAUGAUGUGGAAAUCAAGAAAGUGGUUGUAAAGUGUUUACUUAAGCUGUCAAGCUUGCUGGAGAAUGGCAUGCUGAUGAUUAAGCAAGGUGUUACUCGACCGCUAUUAGAGUUGCUAUACUCUCACAGUUUACAGUCACCUGCUCUGCAGGAACUGAUCGUUGCAACAAUAAUGCAUCUUGCCAUAUCAACCACCCACCAACAAGCUGAAGAGGAACGUGUAUUGUUGCUUGAUUCGGAGGAACAAGUAUAUAAAUUCUUCUCUCUGGUUUCUUUGACAGAACUUGAUGUACAAAACAUGAUUCUCAAAGCCUUUCAGGCACUAUGCCAGUCUCUCUCCGGCUUCACCAUCAGAAUGUGGUUGAGACAGAUCUCGGCUGCUAAAGUAUUGGUCCACUUGGUAGAGCUUAACACCCACGCAGUUCGGGUGAAUGCCUUGAAGCUUUGUUAUUGCUUGACAGAAGAUGGUGACCACAGGAAUAUCUCAUCACACAUAACUGAAAGGUUCAUUAAGGUUUUGAUGAACAUCAUCCAAGCUUCUGAUGACGCUGAAGAGAUGGUUGCUGCUAUCGGCAUCAUCUCUAGACUACCAAAGGAGACACACAUAACCGAGUGGCUUCUGGAUUCUGGGGCACUUCAAACUAUUUCGGCAUGCCUUAAAGAUCAGCAUAAACAUGCCUCACACAGAAAGCAAGUGACAGAGAAUUCUGUCGAAGCCCUUGGUCGAUUUACUGUGUCGGCAAAUCCGGAGUGGCAGAAGAGAGUAGCUGAAGCAGGCAUGAUCCCGGUGUUGGUGCAAUUGCUGGCUUCUGGAACACCUCUUUCAAAACAGAAGGCAGCUAUUUCGAUGAAGCAGCUUUCUGAAAGCUCAUACUGCUUGAGCAAGCCGAUAAAGAAGGCGAGCGUUUUGAAACGGUGCUUCACAGCACAGGAAACAGGGUGCCCAGCACAUUUAGGUACAUGUACGAUAGAGUCUUCAUUCUGCAUGUUACAAGGGAAGGCCUUGGAACCCCUUGUGCGGAUGCUCUCGGAACAAGACGUUGGAACAUGCGAAGCAUCUUUAGAUGCUCUAAUGACUUUGCUUGACGGCCAAACACAUUAUAGUGGAAGUAAGGUGCUGGUGGAUGCAAACGCUGUUGCACCAAUGAUAAAGCUCUUGAGUGUUCCAGCUUCAAGGUUGCAGGAAAAAACUCUAACAGCAUUAGGCCAAAUCUUUCAACUUGAUGAAGUGAGAAAUAAGUAUAAGGCUAUGGCCACAAUGCCCUUGGUGGACAUAACUCAGAGCAAAGACAGCCGUUUGAAAAGUCUUGCAGCUAAAGGCCUUGCUCAAUUAGGUCUACUUGAUAAACAAUCUUCUUAUUUUUAGGAACCAUUCUUAAUCAUUCAUGUUGUUUUCGAGUUAAUAGUUAAAUUCGUCUUGAAAGAUUAUUUAUUCUUUAAAUUAGUCCUCAAAUCAUUUUUUAGUUA